AUGUCGGAUCUCAACCUGAUCACUCCUCAAGAUGAGCCGACAGCAAUUCAGGCUGCAGAUACGAACCUCCCGGAUUCCAAGUAUAGGCAGAUCAGGUCGAAUGUAGAAGAAGUCGAGCGUCUGGUCGGGGCUGAUGGGGAUUCCUAUGAGCAACCAACGACGACACGAAAGGAGCUGUGGGCAUACUACCUGUAUUACAAUGGCAAGAACGCUCUUCCAGCUACUAUCUUAUGGCUCUCUAGGAGUGAUAAUGGAGUGGGCCCUGGAUCUUACAGUCAAGCUCUAUUCCAAUGGGCAUUGAAUGGAGCUGGUUGGCAACCAGGGACAAACCCUCGGCAGGCAUGCACCGAUUCAUCGCCCUGUGUUGUUUCUUGGGCAGGGGGGGAACGAUCUAUAUCAUCUGUUGUUCUCAUUGCAAAUGGGCUCUGCUUUACUUUCAUGACUGUGAUCUUCGUCUGGCUAGGGAGUGCUGCUGACUAUGGCUCAUUCGGACGCUGGCUCCUUCUGGUGCUAACAGUCCUUUGUUGGGCCUUGCAGUACGGCAUGAUGGCCAUUCGAGAUCCAAGUCAGUGGCCCGCGGCAAUGGGCAUGUACGUCGUGGCUUAUAUCGCUUACGGGGCUACAUUGGUGUUCUAUGCUGCUGUUUUUCCUCGGCUGGCCCGCUUCAUGCCUCAUGUUCGAAAAGCACGCGAGGAGGAUCUGAAGGAAGAAAAAAUCACUCAAAAUGAGUACGAUGCCAUCGAAUCUUUGGAAAGAAAUCAUAUCAGCAACAUUUCCACUGCUCAUAGUAACAUCGGAUAUUUCAUGACACUGGUCCUGAAUUUGAGUGUCCUUAUUCCUCUCGAGAGCAAAGAAUUCUCUAACAAUCUGGCUCUCUGCCUUACGAACUCAUAUUGGGUGAUUUUGGGCAUCUGGUGGUUCAUUUUUCAGCAAAAGCGACCAGGCCCGAAGAUCCCCAAAGGCUCCAAUUAUGCAACGAUUGGCUUCAAGCAGAUUUGGCUUGCUAUUCAUGAGAUUCGAGCACUGCCACAGACAUUUCUAUACUUUAUUGCAUAUUUCCUUCUAGCUGAUGGUCUCAACACGACAGGAACAUUGGUUUCAAUCAUCCAGAACGACUUCGUGUCUUUCUCCUUCUUGCAACUCACAUACCUUGGGAUUACACAGGCAGUGUGCUCUAUUGCCUCAACCUUCGGGUUCUGGUACAUCCAACGUUACUUCAAAUUCGAAACAAAAACAAUGUUCCUAGUGACGAACUUCUUCAGCGUCUUCAUUCCAUUUUGGGGGAUGGUAGGAUUAUGGACCAACAAAAUUGGUUAUCAUCACUCAUGGGAGUUUUACUUCUACAACGUCAUGUUCGGGCUUUUCCAAGCACCGUACUACGCGUACGCUCAAACCAUGAUCAGCGAGCUCAUGCCGCAAGGAUAUGACAACAUGUUCUUCGCUCUCUUUGGUAUCACUAACAGGGCUUCUUCGAUUAUCGGCCCUAAUGUCGUACAAGCCAUCAUCAACGAUACCCAAAACAACUGGAUGGGAUUCCCCUUCCUUUUUGCCAUCUGCACGGGGGCCAUGGUCGCCAUCUGCUUUAUAGAUAUCGAUAAAGGCCGCGAGGACUGUCGGAAGUUCUCUGAGGAGCGAAAGCUAGCUCGAGUAGCUGCAGAAAGCGGGCCUAUCAAGGGUGCAGUCGACGGCGUCAUAUCCGGUGACAGCACAGCAGCGGGAAGGCAUCAAGCUACUUCUACCUGAAUCACGGUUUGUUGUUUCAAAAGGCGUCUUCUAAUAUUCUAUGACUACUUUCGAACCCUACGUUGAGUAUCUCUUUCCAAUAUAACUAAAUGAUAAUAGAUAAGAGUGCUUUUAUUCGGUG